AUGAAUUCCCCUGUAUUCUUCUUCGUGGCUUCUCUCAUUGUUUCAUGUUCCUAUGCUUCACACGUCCAAGACUUCUGCGUUGCAGACUAUGCAGCUCCCAAGAGCCCUGUAGGCUACGCAUGCAAAGACCCUGCUAAGGUCACAGUAGACGAUUUCAUCCACUCUGGCCUUGGGGUGCCUUCUAACACUUCAAACGUGUUCAAGUUUGGUUUCUCAGCUGCAUUUGCUUUUAACUACUCCGGUAUCAAUGGCCUCGGCGUUUCCUUGGGCCGCGCGGAUGUGGAAGUUGGCGGCGUUGUUCCCAUCCACGCUCACCCCGGAGCAACCGAGUUGGUGGUUGUUGCAGAAGGAAGUAACAUAAUCGGCGGGUUCAUUGCCUCGAACAGCAAGGUUUACCAAAAGCCCUUGACCAAGGGUGACACUAUGGUUCUUCCACAAGGAUUGUAUCACUUCUUUGUGAAUCAAGGUAACACUCCGGCGGUCAUAUAUGCUGCUUUCAGUAGUGAGAGCCCAACCGUGCAGCUAAUGGACACAUCACUGUUUAAGAAUGAUUUGUCUUCUGAUAUCGUAGCAAAGACUACUUUGCUUGAUCUUGCUCAGGUUCAGAAACUCAAGAAACUUUUUGGUGGUACUAAUUAA